ACAGUGCUAACCAUACAAACAUAAUCAAUUACCUUACAAGGCAUUAUUAUUAUUAUUUUUGAAUUGAUCUAACUGGUACUUCAUUAGUCAUCAUGCCAAGAUGGGGGAUAUAUGAUUCUGAUUCUGAUGACAAAUUUCCAUCCUCGUCAAAAUCACAUGGCCGUCAAAGGUCUCUUCAUGCCAUUUUUGGGGGUGGACUUGUUGCUGACAUAUUGUUGUGGAGGAACAAGCAUUUAUCAGGAGGGAUUCUAAUUGUUUUCACAAUUAUAUGGUUCCUUUUUGAAGUUGUGGAGUACCAUUUUAUUAGUCUUCUCUGUCAUUUGCUCAUGUUUUUUAUGGCCAUUCUCUUCAUCUGGUCUAAUAGUUCAGGAUUGAUCAAAAGAGAUCCUCCUUCUGUUAACGAUUUAGAGUUGCAAGAAUCCAUGUUGAGAUUCUUUCUUUCACAAAUUAACAACUGUAUAUCGAAUUUACACUAUGUUUCAAGUGGAAAAGAUCUAAUCACUUUCUUCGCGACUAUUGGUUGUCUCUGGAUAUUGGCAGCUUGUGGAUCUCUAUGCAGCACUUUGAAUUUUCUAUAUGUUGUGAAAUUAUUUAUUUUGUUGCACGAAGUGUACCUGUGCAUGGCAACAUUGCCAGCUUUAUAUGAGCGAUAUGAAGAUCAAGUGGAUCGUUUUGCUGGAAAAAGUAGCCAUGAAGUGAAGAAUUUAUUUGAAAAAUUCAAUUCGAAAGUUCUUGACAAGAUUCCAAGGGGACCCAGAAAAGAUAAAAAACUUACCUAAAUUUGGAAAUUACCCUGAAAAAUUACUUUCUUUUCUAAGCUAAUUUUAUAGGGUUUUUAAUUUAUUUAGUCUCUUGUAUUACCAUUGUGACAAUUUUAUGAUUUGGUAUAAACAAUUGGGGUUGUUAUA